GAAUUUUGUUUUAAAGAAUUUUCAAAUAAUACUACAAAUUCUCCUUCUGAUGAAUCUCAAAUUGAAAUUAGAAGACAAGUUAAUAUUCUUAAAGAAUUAAAAAAUACGAAUAAUAUAAUAAGAUUUUUUGGUGUUGCUCAAGAAAAUUCGAAAUUUUAUUUGGUUACUGAAUGGAUGGAACUUGGUAAUUUACAUGAAUAUUAUACUAAUUAUAAAGAUAAGAUGAAUUGGGAAACAAAAAUUAGAUUUGCUUUGGACAUUUGUUGUGGUAUUUCUUAUCUUAACGAUUGUCAGAUUCUUCAUCAUGACAUUCAGUCGGCAAACAUUUUAGUAAAUAUAAAUGAGAAAAUAAAAAUAACAAAUUUCGGUUCAAGUAAGAAAUUCUAUGAUCUUACUAGAAAUAUAUCGCCUAAUAUUGAAAAUGUAAGAUACAUGGCUCCUGAAAAAUUAUUAACAGAUAACAAUACAAAAAAGGAAAAAGUUCCCUAUGAUUUAAAGUGUGAAAUAUACAGUGUUGGAGCAUUAUUAUGGGAAAUCGCUGAAUUGAAAAAACCUCAUUCUGAUCUUAAUAAAUCUGAAAUCCUUGUUGGUAUUAGAAAUCGUGUUAAUGAAAGAUAUAAUUUACCAUUUUCAGAUGGUAUACCAGAUGAUUGGAAAAAUUUAAUUAGAACUGCUAUGUUACAUGAACCAGCAUGUCGUCCUAAAAUAUCAAAAAUUUGUCAUAAACUUCAUAAAUUGAGUAAAGAUUAUUCCAAAUUCUCUACAUUAGAUGAUUGUACUGAAGAUUAUGAUGAAAAUUUAUCAUCAAUUGAUGAUAAUCAAAGUACGAUGACUUCCAUUACAAUUCUUACUGUUGAAGAUGCUAUUCGUGCUCAUAAAUCAAAAAAUGGAAAUAAACAAUUAGCUUGGCAAAGUUUUAAAUAUCAUUCUGUAAUCGAUAUUUACGCAAAAUAUAUGGUUGGUUAUUAUUAUUAUCAUGAAGAAGUUCCUGAAUUACAAAAAAUUAGUAAAGAUGAAAGGGUUAGAAUUGCUGUAGAAAUAUUUAAAGAAACUGCUGAUAAAGGAAAUCCUUCUGCUCAAUUAAGAUAUGGAAUAUGUUUAUGGCAAGGUGAAGGUAUAAGUGCUAAUUCUUUUGAAGCUCUUAAAUAUUUAAAAUUAUCUGCUAAUCAAGGAAAUUCUGCUGCUAUGUAUGUUAUUGGAAAAGCUUAUUUAAAUGGUGGUAAUGGUAUUGAACAAGAUAGGGAGAGGGGUGCUAAAUAUUUAAAAGAAGCUGCUUUAAAAAAUCAUUUAAAAGCUAAAGAAAUGUGUAUUAAAAAUAAUAUCAUUUUUUAAAUAUUUUUAUGUUAUUCAAUACAUUUAGAAACUUUAUAAGUAAUAUUCAAAUAUCUGGUUUAUUUCAAAUAAAAUGUACAAAAUUAUAUUAUUAUUUGCUAUUGAUUAUACAUAAUACGUAAAAUUU